AUGGCGGAAACCCCCUGUAAAUCCAAGCUGAAGUCGCUGAGGGGGAAGCCAUCGCCUUCAACACCCGUGCCGGCGACGCCGCAACCCCUGACGCCGCGACGGUCUCCCCGUCUGGCUUCUGGCGGUAGUAUACAGCAGCAGACUCCUCAGAAGCGGGAUGCCGAGGCCGAUGGAUCCGAUCGAUGUGGAACGCCCCGGUCCGCGAAGAAAUCGAGAAGAUCGAUCGGCGGAGCGUUCGAUUCGUCUCCAGGGAAUUGUGCAUUCUCUCCUGGGUCUCCCGAUCCCCCGGAAUCCAGGAGGGGGGGAAGGAGAAAGGCGGAAGAGAGGCAUAAUGUACCGAGAGCCACGAAGAAAAGGGUGUAUUACAAAAAGGUGGUGUAUGAUGACGGACAGUUUGAGGUCGGGGAUGAUGUGUAUGUGAGGAGGCGGGAGGAUGCCGAGUCCGAUGCCGACGAUCCAGAGGUAGAAGAUUGCCGUAUAUGCUUCAAUUCGGGCAAAUCCAUAAUGAUCGAGUGCGACGAUUGCCUGGGAGGGUUCCAUCUGAAGUGCCUGAAUCCUCCAUUGAAAGAGGUCCCGGAAGGCGAUUGGAUCUGCACGUUCUGUGAAGCUCGGAAACUGGGGAAAAUUGUUGUACCUCCGAAGCCGCCUGAAGGAAAGAGAAUUCGGAGAACUUUUAAGGAGAAGCUCCUUUCGAGUGAUCUUUGGGCAGCUCGUAUUGAAGGGUAAGCGAAGAAGAGUGAGUUUGGGAUAAAGUUCAAAAUUUCCCUACUUCAUGCCUUUAGUCAACAUCUCCGCAGCUUUUUUGAUCCGAGGCUGAUCGCUGUUAAUGCAUUGAAACGAUGCAAAACUUGAACCGUAAACCUUGAAAAGUGUGAAGAUAACCAGGUCAAAUAACACAUUGGUUUACCUAUAUGAAGCUUGUAUAUUUUGAGGGGAUCCAUUGAUUGUUUGGUUAGUGAAUUAAUUAGUGGAAAAUUCAUCAAUUAAUCCAUCGACUCAAUAAUUUGUUUUGAAUGUUUGAAUACAUUUCCAGACCGCUAAGGAUGAGUGGAAAACUCGCCAACUAAUUUGCUAAUUGGUUGCUUACAUGUUGCUUGUCAGACAGGAAUCCUGCGCUAUGUAGUACUUCGUUUUCUUCCAUAUAUUAUCCUUUUAUUAAUUGUUUUUCAGCAACCCAAGGGGAAGGACGUGAAUAUUUGCUCCGUUACUUUUUUUGUCAUGAUGUUCAACUGGCCUCCAUGCCUCAUAGGCCUUUCUUUAGGACAAUCUUGGAGAGCUCUUUUACUGAUUCAUCUAAUUCCUGGUAUUUAAAUGUCUAGUUUAUGGAAAGAACCAGAUGGGAGCUACUGGGCGAAGGUUCGCUGGUAUAUGAUUCCUGAGGAGACUGCAGUUGGGAGACAGCCACAUAAUCUACGAAGAGAGCUUUAUUGCACCACCGAAAUGGAUACUGUCGAGGUGAACUCGCGAAAGAAGUCAUGAUUUUUUCCAUUGUGCAGUUCUUAUAAAAUAAUAUUGUCACAUUUUUGAUAUUCCAUCUUUAUUGCAAUCAUUGCUUUGUAGAGGUUCGCUUUUUACUUAUAAACACAGGUAGUUGCAUAAUCUUGAUCAGCAUGGGUAUAUAGUAAAAGUUAUGCUUCAUAUCACAUAUUAAAUAACGUUAACCAUUUCUGAAGUACAUACGUGGUACAUUGUUGUUUUUGAGUCACUGUAGACACGGAAUCGCAUGGGCCUGUUUUAAUGAUUUCAACUCAACGCCUGAAUUAAUAUGAUUUUUAUACUCUCUCUCUCUCUCUCUCUCUCUCUCUCUCUCUCACUCGCUCGUUCGCUCACUCUGCAUAAAACCUCUUGAACAUUUUUUUUAAUUGGUACUGCAACAAUGGAUAGAAGACAUGGUUUUUAUUUUUGCGAUCACUUUUGUUCAGAUCCUUAUCUGUAGUCAGAGCAUGUAUUGUGAAAAAUAUCAAAAUGAAUAUUUUAUUUUUAAAUAUAUAUAUAUAUACAUACACAUAUAACUUUAGCUUCACCGUAUUUAUAAGUGAUCGAAUGGAAGAAACAAGAGGUUGUUUAACAUCAACCUAGCGCACAUUGUCAAAAUUAACUCAGUGGAACCUUCUCUUCAAACAGUAUCAACCUAGACCACAUUGUCAAAAUUGACUCAAUGGAACCUUCUCUUCAAACAGUUUGUGGAGAGAUGACAACUAUGAGAAAGGUUGGACGGAAGCUGGUAAAUAGUAUAAAGCAAGAACCAACUUGUGGAAAUAUCUGAAGCUCUUGUUUGGAUGAAACAAGAGCUUGUAAGGAAUAUAAUCUGAUUACUAACGAUACUCAAGAAAAUAUGAAACAUUAAACGAUUCAAUAAUUCUCAGCUGAUUGGAAUAUCCAUAAGAUAAUCUAGUAGCGAUUAAUUUUCAUUUGAGUCACCUUGUUAUCGGUACCAAUUGGAUACUUUUCGUUGUUAUGCCACACUGUGAUUUCAUCUUGUUUAUCAAAUUACCUAUUGACUUACGUUUACAGACAUCAACAUUCCAUGGAGCAUUUUAUGUUUUUUAAUUGGAUUUCAGUUUCUUUUUAAUAUGAGCAAUGUAAUUUUCGAUGCCAACAACCUUUGUGUCAUAUUUAUUUGACUAGUGAGAAGACCGCUACUAUAGUAUGGUUUUCUGGUCUGUCAAACAGGAUGAAAAGGAGAUUUAUCACCACAUGCAUAUUAUGUGCGGAGGUAGACGUGUCCAUGAUCCUAGGAUGAACUUUCUCUCAAGAGAUUAGUCAGAACCUAUCACAUGCUGUUAUAUCUGAUGCCAACCCCUUUAAAGGAAUUGGCAGACUGGCAGGAACCAUGGUCAGGCUGAAAUUGGCAUUGGAAUUUUUAAAGGAGACUACUAAGUAUGAUGCCUUAUUCGAUGUAUGAAAUGAGACUCUUGAGGCACACGAAAUGAGAGGGCUAAGGUAUACUCUCCAGUGGAAAGGAUUUACUGUCCUUUAUGCAAAAGUGUGAAAGACUAUGUAAGGUUCCUAUAAUGCGACCAGGAAAACAUAAUCCUGCGGGUAUGUGUACCUUGAGCUGCUAGCAUAGUCAACACCAGAUUGAUUAGUCUACGUGUAAGUUUUUUUUGCAGCACACGAAAAAGAUGGGCAUACAUCCCUUUCUUUUCAUUUCUAGUCAAUACAUAAUACUAACCACUUGUAACAAAUCUCAAGUUGAGAUAUAGUACUAUUUUCAAGGUACCCCCAGGGUCAUGGUAUCCAUGCCUUGGUGUGUAGCCUAUUAAAGCAUUCACUUGGGCAUUGAAUGCAUGUUCUCAUUCAUCGUUAUGACGUUUUACAAAUCAUGUGAAUGACUUUUUUCUAGCUAGGCGACAAGGCAACGCACUCAGCUGACCGUUAAGGUGUUCAUGUUGUUAAAUGCAUACACCUUAAUCAUCUCUGUCAUUUUAAUGUUGAAUUGCUCGUUUUUUACAUCCAAAACGUUGCAGAAAGUUCCUUGUACUGCAUCCACACUAUUUACGAGUUGGAUGCCUAAUCCUAGUGAACUCCAGAUUGGUGUGACAAAUUUUGAUGACGAUGAUGACGUGGUCAAUCGCUAUACAACCUUGGUUACUACGAUUUUUAGUAAAGGAACUUGUUUUGGAUGCGAUAAUUGUAAUAUAUAUAACAGGAAUUUUGUUGACAUCCUCAGAUGAGGUUUUAAGGAUAUACUUCUAUUUUUUGUUUGUUUUCCUACUGGAAGUUUCUCAGAGCUGGUCUUUUUCGCCUUUUUUUUAUCAUUGAAUACGAUUUUCUUUAUCCCUUCAUUAGAAAAUGUGUCUUCUUUUGACAGCACAUCUUACCUGAAGGGUUUUGUAAUAGUCCCUAAAAAUAGUAUUUUACAUUGUUCAUCACAGUUCCUUCUUGGCCAGCAGAAAUUCUGAUGAGUUUGUCUUGAAUGUUUCCAGAAACACUGAAUCCAUCCAUUUCUUUGAUACUAAUGUUUAACUGAUGUCUUUAACUAUGCCACAGUUGGAGUCUGUCCUUCGACACUGCUACGUUAUGAAUCCAAAAGAAUUUGUGAAAGCUGAUAAUGAAGGAGACGAUGUUUUCUUGUGUGAAUACGAGUAUGAUGUUCAAUGGCACAGUUUCAAGCGUCUUGCAGAAAUCGACGGAUAUGAUGUUAGUUUCAUGCUUUAUUCUUGAUUUGAAACUUGAUGCAUAAAGGAAAGGCAUAUUUGGCAACCUUUUAAAGUUGAAAUAUAACUUUUACUCUUGGCAGAAUGAUGAAGACGACACUGACGAGGAGUGGAAAUUUUCGAAGGAUGAUGAUGACAGCACAGACGGGGAUUCAGAAUAUGAAAAAGAGUCUUCACGGGGUCCAGCUUACAAGCACCAAAUGCGUCAAGUGGCAGCGGUAAGUUUUGUUCCUUAUCCAAACAAUAAUUCGCUGACUCGUUAAGGCUUCAUCUCAAUCAAAAUUUGCCUCCCCCUCCCUACAGAACUCAUGCAAGGGAAGGAUUUUUGGUCUUCAAAAGGUAGGGAUAAAGAAAAUUCCAGAGCAUGUGAGGUGUCACAAGCAGACUGAACUGGAGAAAGCGAAAACUAUGCUUUUGUUAGCCACUUUGCCCAAAUCCUUGCCCUGCAGAACCAAGUAUACUCCGCAUUCUCUUUUUGGUGAAAUUUGAGUUUUAGUAUAUGUUUAACGCAUUAUGUUCUAUUUCAGAGAAAUGGAGGAGAUCACUAUCUUCAUAAAAAAUGCUAUCUCAGAGGAAAAUUGUUUAGGACGCUGCCUUUAUAUUCAUGGUGUUCCUGGAACUGGCAAGGUGUGCUGCAUAUGAGGACGCUUUUAUAUUUCAUUGUUUCAUCUAAGCUUGUUUUAUAUAAAAGUUUUAUCCUUUCUUGCUUAUAACUUUAAUCUAUGAAGCUACACAACUACAGUCUACAUUUUACUGUACCGCACCCUUUCAUGCUCUGAAUCCUAUUAUUUUUUUGGUGUAUUUGCUUUGCUUGCAGACCAUGACAGUGCAUACCGUGAUGAGGAACCUGAGGUCUGAAGUUGAUUCAGGACUCCUAGGUCCUUAUUGUCUUGUGGAGAUCAACGGUCUUAAAUUGUCUACUCCAGAAACUAUCUACCGGGUAAUUCAAUACUGCCCUAUUUCUUCAGUUAUGGUCCACUAUUUAACGUUACUUUUUUCAGGCUAUUUAUGAAGCAUUGACGGGACAUAGAGUUGGGUGGAGAAAAGCUCUGCACCUUCUUAAUGAGCGAUUUUGUGAAGGCAAGACAGUGGGGAAAGAAGAUAGACGGCCCUGCGUUCUUCUCAUUGAUGAACUAGACCUUCUUGUUACGAGAAACCAAUCGGUAAUCACUGCAUUUCUAGACGAUGUAUAGUUCAAUCUUGAAUGAGAACUAGUGCAUGUCUGCUUCCUAAGGCCUUAGUUUUUGCUGUAUUGACAAUGACUUUACACUUAUCUGGAUUGUUAUCUCUUGUAUCAUGUAUAUUUGACAGGUUCUCUAUAAUAUUCUUGAUUGGCCUACAAAACUACAUUCCAGGUUAAUUGUUAUAGGUACGAGUCUAUGAAGACAAGUUUUUUAUUAUUAUUAUUCAUACGAUGAGAGGAUAAUGCCGCAAGAAACUAUCAUUCUCGUGCUAUUUUGUUCCAGGCAUAGCAAACACUAUGGAUCUUCCUGACAAGUUACUUCCACGAAUAUCAAGUCGAAUGGGAAUUCAGAGACUAUGUUUUGGUCCAUACAAUUACCAACAGCUGCAAGAAAUUAUAUCUUGUCGACUCAGAGGUGUUAACGUUUUUGAGGAGCAGGCAGUAGAAUUCGCUUCAAGAAAGGUCGAUGUUCAUGACUCAUCCAGUAAAUCGUGUUUUGCUAAUUUCAAGUUUGUUGACUGGGGCGCAUGAAAUUUCCCAUAGACAUGCACGUUCAUUAUGCUGACUUGUUGUCUAUUCGAUUCAAUGCGUUCGCUAAAGUACUUUAUGGACAGGUUGCAGCUAUUUCAGGUGAUGCUAGACGAGCCCUGGAAAUAUGCAGGCGUGCAGCAGAAUUGGCGGAUUAUAGACAGAAGCAAUUGCCCCAAUCAAUGGUGGAAUCCCUUCACCUCAACGACAGUAAAGGUAUACGAAGAUAAGUGUACCUUAUUUCUCAUUCAGUUCAAGAUCAGAAAGUUUUUGUUGGAAUAAGAAGCUACUAUGCGUAUAAUUAGAAACAUUUUGCGAAAUCUUCGAAUGUUUUUGUUGGACAAGUGGUCGGCUCGCAUUGAUACAUGUCUCUAUGGUUGUUUGAUUUGUGCUCGGAUUAUUGCAUGGACAAUUGAAAAAUUAAUCCAUAUACUAUAUUUGUUUAUCACGUGAAUUGCAGGACUAAAACUGAUGUGACUGUAAAAUUCAAAUUGGCUGUCAUUUUUGGAGCUUCUCUGUGAUGAGAGUUCUGGAUGAAUGAAUGCACUCACUGCAAUCUCCUAGGUUAUGGAAAGCAAGUACCGUUCCUUUUAUUAGAUAGAUAGUUGCCAUCAUUUCUAAUCUUUUUGCCUGUAAUGAGAUGCCUUACGUGUGGCUGAUUUUGACUGAGUCUUACUUCAAAAACUGUCAAAUCGAGUGGGUGAAUAUAUUCCCCGGACAUGUCACAAAGAAGAAACUAACAUAUUUGGAACCUGCAUUAUUUAGGUUUUAAUUUUUCAGGACCUUUAUAAGGUAUCUGUUAAGUUUUGAAUAUUUUCUGUGAUAAAUGGUAGGCAAACAUUAGAGUGAAGUAUAAGAAAAGUGCAGAAAAAUCGACGGUUUAUCUAUGGAUAUAUUUGUAGAGUCGUGUGGAAGAAGUUAAAUUAGUUGGAUUUCGGGUCACUGAAAGGUAUGGCUAUGUACAUGCUUAGGGGCCAUGAAGAAAGAUAUUCAUUGGCAAUGAGUUUGAUUGAAGCAACAUAAAUUAUCCAUCUUAUUGCGCAAAGGACAUUAAGUCAUAACUUCGGGAGGAUGAUGACGAAAUUUGGUGUGGCGCUGUUGACAUGAGGCAUUUCUUGGUAGUUGGAGCCCUUGAAUGCAAGCGAUUUUCGUGGUGACCACCCAAUGCUGUGUAAUGUUUGUUGCGUCGUCGAGGAUAAAGAUUAAUUGGACAAAAGUUGGUUGAAUGAAUGGAAGACAUUUAUAUUAUGGCACUGGGUUUAUUAUAAGGAGGUUUAGGACCAGUUUUGGCGUGUGGCUUGAGUCGCAGUUUAGUUUUGGACCUUGGUUUACAGUUGGAGAUCUGAGGCAUGAAUCCAUUUAACGAUUUCAUGCACACCUCGCGAGGAAGAUGACUUUGAAGGUGCAGAUGUUUUCUUCUGUGUGGAGGAUGUUUUCUUCUAUGCACAUCUCGCGAGGAUGUUUUCUUCUAUGUGGAGGAUAUAAUCCAUUUAACGCUCAUCAUUGAUAUGACCCGAUGUACAGUGUUAGUAUUAUAUGUUGUUUGCAGUUAAAAUCUUUAAUUUGAAGUACGUCGUAGUGCCAUGAUUUUUACGUUGCAUAUGCUUCUUGGUAGCUGCUCAUAAGAAUAGUAGGCGUCUUAUCACUUGUCGAGAAAGAACUUAUCAGUUAUGAUUCCACGUACCAGGCGUAUUCUUGAUAAUCACUUUAGUCAUUCUGGUAAUUUUCUGGAAUAUUUUUCUUGUUUACCCCUCCUAUUUUCUCUCUGGUAGUCACCGAGUAUUUGUGGUUUUACGUGUGAUUUUGCUAGUUUUCGCUCAAUGUGUUUUCUUAGUUUUACUUGUUAUGUUGGAAGCAUUUUAUAGGAGUGUUUGCCUGAUUUUAAAUCUUAAAAAAUAGAUUUAACUUGAUUUGGGAUACUUGUUUGAUUUUUCUCUUUAUUCUUAGUCCCAGUUACCUAGGUAUGUGUGCAAGUUUUCUUCCUGUCGUUGGUAAUCGUUAGUAGAAUUUCUAUUUCUGUUGGUGAUAAUCCCUCAAAUUCUUGGAUAGCCUAUGUUUUAUUUUGAUUUGAACCAGCUGAUCUGAUUUGUAAUAUUUCACUUCAUGUUUGUAUGCCAACCCUUGUUUCCUUGGAUAAUGCCAGGGGAGCGUGUGUGUCCUCCCCUUUGAUGGAUGUCAUUUGUGUUUGGAAAAACUGAGUUGUUACACCUAAUGUGAAAAUCUAGAAAAGGAACAACUUUUACACUACUUCUGACAUUAGCGUUAGAUAGAAUUGGUAGGAUUCUUGCUCCUUUAAUCUGAACCGAAAACGUUAUUUGGUUAGGGAGGGACAUAUCAAUGCCUCAAGAAUCAUUUAUAUUGCGAGUCAAGACCUUACUGGAUGACAUCUGAAUUGUAGGAUUUGGCAUUGGUGAGUUAUUCAUGUGUCCGAGUAUAGGCUCGGUGACAGAGUGAGGAGAGGAUCUGAUGGGGGGCGUAAUUGGUUUUGGGUUUGUACACGUAAACAGCGGAGUCUACACCUCCAGUCAGUGUUCGCUAAUUUGGUAUCAAUGGAGCUCGGAAUUUUUCCUUCCAAAUAUUUAAUCAUGUAGCCUGCUUACUGAGUUUGUCAAUUUUUAACGAUAUUAACCUGUCCGUUUCUAUGGAAAUAAUCCUUGUAUAUUUUUACAGGAAAUUUCCUCAUUGGUAUAAACGAUGUAGAAGCUGCUAUACAGGAAAUGUUCCAGGCACCUCAUAUUCAAGUGAGUAGUCGGAUGUCAUCUUCUUCCUGAUAAGAAGGAUUUUGAAUUGUAUAAAACCUGUGAAAUUUGUAAAAGAAAAGAACGAGGUCAUGCCUGUUGGUGUUUUACUGGACUCUCCGCUCGAAGGUUUUCACAUAAAUGAUGAUAUUGAAUUAUAAGUUGACACAAUGAAAUUUAUGUCGACAUCUGAGAAUCAAACAACCAUGCCUCCUUGGAUCUGUACAAUUGCCUACGCCGUUCACUAGAAUACUCUUAGUGAUCCAUGAUUUAUAAGAAACUCAAAUAUGAAAAAGUAAGAUCAAUGUGGGGCUUUGAUGUACGUGGCAUGGAAUUUUCUGAACGCAAUGUCUAAGUGUCUAGUCGUGUAGCAACUUAUGUCCAGUGUUUGGAAUUUAUGUUCUUUGUUUACCCGAGCAUAGUGUAGCAACUUGGGUUUCUCUGCGUCAUGAGGGUGCUGGACUUGUCUUCAAAGGAUCAGACUUGGACUAUUUAAGCCCUAUCUCUACCCGACUUCUGACAGCCGUCUAGGGAACGUGGUACAGGAAAAACUUGAUGAGUGAAAUUGUAAUUGGCUAAGUAACAAUUAUCGUGUGUACGAACAAGACAGGCACACAAUUACUACUACCUGCAAAAAUUUGAGAACUUUCCAUCUCAUAAUGUGCAGCAGCUGCAAUGCGUAAAAUGCUCCCCUGUAACUUUUUUUUUUAAAAGUCAGUCUUUUUUUUUCUUGCAGGUGAUUAAGAGCUGCCCAAGAUUGAGCAAAAUUUUUAUGGUAGCAAUGGUUCAUGAAGUCUACAGGACUGGAAUUUGUGAGAUAACUUUUGAAAAGGUCAGUUCUUUAUAGCUGCAGGGAUCCCUUUUUUUAUGUGGUUUUUGGGUCUUGCGAAUCAUCAAAAUCAGGUAUCUCUGCCAUUCUUUUUGAAGCAUUUCUUGCGAUUUUUCACCGGUGAAUUGUUCCUCAAGUGCUGAAAAAGGGACUUAGGCGUCGUACUAUCAUUGCAUACCUUAAAGGAAAUUAAUUAAGAAACCCCUCAACUUAUAAUGCAGAAAUUUUUUAGUCCUAUAAAUUUGUCCAUUAAUAGAAAUUACUCUUGUACAUCUUGAAAUCGCUUUGUUUCUGCUUAACUCUUGCUGGAAGAAGUUGAGGCGAGUUCUUAAUCAUUUAAGAAACUUGUGCAUCAGGAGUCCUGUUUCUAUGAGUUCAGUGAUGGAUUUGUAGCUGUCCCCUAAGAAACGGCAUUGGGGACUGCCUUAAGUCUGUUCACAUUAUAGUUUGUCAACUUGUUGUCAAUCUUACCUCAGGUUAUCUAGGCAUUUCUUUAAAUGGGCGAACUAAGGUUUAGAUCGGACAUCGGACACACAAUCUCACUCACUCAAAAAAUUUAAGACAUUGCUUAGGGUACGCAAAUGCUCACACAGCAUAAUUGUGUGUGCGAAUGAAUUAAAUUGAUGAAUCAGUUAGAAUUUAUUAUUUGAAAAAUAAGCUACAUUGUAUUUGUAAAAGUUACAAGUGAAUAUUGAUUUUUAUAUUUCAUUCGUGAUUUCAAUUUCUUCGAUUUAAUAAUUAACUACAUAUUCAAAGUUUUAACUGAUUUUUAGUUUUUCCAGAUACAUGUGCUUGAAAAAAAAAAAGUAUAGUAAUUUUCACUGUUUUGGCAUCUUUAUAAAAGAUAUUGCAUAGUCCUUUUGUUCUAGGCAUUACCUUGCCCUUUUAGUCCCUUUAUGGUUUUAGUUGCCUAAGAAACCCAGCCACUAGCUACUAUUUACAGUGACAAAUGGAGUGAAUAGUCGAAAGCCAUAUUAGUUGGCUAUGUUGUUCUAACUUAUUUGACUUUAGGCAGGGAUGAUCACUACUUGUGUUAUGAAAAGUAAUAUUGGGGCACAGUAUAUUAAUGUGGCAAUAAAUAUUUUGUGUAAUUCAUCAAAUACCUAAUCUUCAUGCUGUUCAGUCAAAAUAUCUUAGUCUAUAUGAAUGCAUUUUUUUCAUCAUUAUCAUCAUAAGCCUUAACCCUUAAUCUAAGAUCAACAAGAUACAAUUAAGGAUCAAAAAUUUGACCAAAUUUAUUUAUUUAGUCGCCUGCUUCGGAUCAACGCUACAGAAAAUAGUGAAGGCAUUUAUUUAAUUAGUCUUGAUCAGGAGCUCGUUGAAAUUUGAUGAGUUCUUUACAGCUAGGAUAUUUUUUUUCCUGAUUGCACAGUUUUCAGUUCGUACAAUACAAUCAGAGAGAAGCCUCAAAGGUGGCCUUGGACUUGGGAAAAUGAUCUGAUGAAUGAGGGUAAAGAGAUGCCCGAUAUAAGGGGGAUGUGAUGCUUCAUACGGCAACUAUCAGCCACAGAGCAAUUGAAGCAUAAUACCCAGAGCAUGAAGGAGAAUGCAUAGAACAGAGAUUCUAUCAUGUAAAGUGGAAGAAUGAAAAAGCAGAAAUAUACUAAUUUUAGCUCUCUGCAAAAGCUCCAUCAUUUAAAAACCAUGAGCCUUACCUGAAAUGAAGCCGUUCCUUUUCUGUAUCAAUUUUUUUUUUUACUGUGUUUUGCCUGAGAUGAAACGGCCAGUCGAAUGUAUGAUUUCUAGAAUAUGCAGCGUUAAUAGAGUUAUUCCAGCUCGAGGACUGAAAAUUUUAACUUUCAUUUAUCUGUUUCAAUCUUUCAAAUGACAGUUACGUCAUUUUUCUACAACCUUGGGAACCCAGUUCCUCUCAUCCUUGACUAUCUGUGAUGUUCUAAAUGUUGUAGUUGGCGGCAGCAGCUUCUCGUUUGUGUGCAAGCAAUGGAGAAGAGUUCCCUGGGUGGGACAUCCUCUUCAAAGUUGGGUAAGCCCGUCUGCUUCUUCUGUGGUGUAUAUAUUUUUUUUCCCCUCUGGUGGCGGCGAUAAUUUCUGGAAAGCUCAUGAAAACUGUCAUCUGAUUAAGGAAUCACACGGAAUAAUUCCAUCACAGCCCUUAUUAUCGUAUUCAUUAACUUAACCAGCUAUUAUAAUCACUAAAUUACUUAUAAGGGUAAUAAUGAUGAUGAUGAUGAUGAUAAUAGCCUCCUGUUACAAUAUUUCUGGUGGUUUACAUGUAAUGUGUUGAGUAUGCGCUGACUUGUGUGAUUGCAGCUGCAAGCUAGGUGAAUGUAGGAUCAUCCUUUGUGAAGAAGGUGGCAAGCACAGGCUGCAGAAAAUGCAGCUUAAUUUUCCCAGGUUGGUUCUGAUGUUGACUUUUCACUCUCCAAAGCUUUGAUUCCCCGUAACAUAUAUAAUCAAAUGAUUCCCCAAGCAGGUAGGAUCUUCAUAGAGGAAGCACCCAAAAUGGGGCUUUUACUUUCAAUUUGUUCCCAUAAGUGAACCUGGUUGACCCUGUGUUCUCGUCACAUGGCCAUCACCCCUGGACUAGCACCCCUUGUGCCACUCUCUCUCUCUCUCUCUCUCUCUCGCUCCCCCUCUCUCUCCCUCUCUCUUAAAAGGAUUUGUUUUAAUCACCCAUAAGUUUGAGAUUAGGUUAAACUCUAAUGUCUCCCCUCCGAGGCUCACCAAGUUUCUAUUUCGAGUCCUCAAAUCGCUUGAUUCUGCUCCCCACCGCUCACUGACAUUUUUGCUGUAUCUGGCAGCGACGACGUGGCCUUUGCAUUGAAGGAUUGCCCGGAAAUCCCUUGGCUUGCCAAGUACUUGUGA